CUCGUUUGGCUUCAAAUCCUCUUGACCCCCAAGUCCCAAGACUGCCAAAUGGCCAGAGCCUCCGUAGGCUCAGCCGCUGUCCCUAUCUCUUCCUCCCUCCGCCGUUUCUCCCUGAACCCAUCAUUCUUUGUUUCGAAUGCCAGAACCUGCAGCACAGCUUCUACCGCGGCAACAUCCACGACUCGCAUCCUAUCUGGCCAUGUCAUUCCUCACCCCUCAGUGGAAGUUAUUGGCGGAGCUAGAGAUGUUUUUCUUCCCGCAUUGAAAUCCCUUCACAAUAACACCUAUCGUCCAUACCCUAUAAUUGGCUGGAAUCGGCACGCGGAGACGAUUUACGCCGCUUUUUUUCGGACCCUCCCAGAUGUCAAGCUUCGGAGAGAGUGUUUGCGCACCAAAGACGAUGGUUCUGUAGCACUCGACUGGGUUUCUGGAGACGAUGGUCUGCCGCCGGACUGUCCCGUUCUCAUCCUACUGCCAGGCUUGACUGGGGGAAGCGAGGACACUUAUGUUAGGCAUAUGUUGGUGAGAGCUAGAAAAAAAGGCUGGCGAGUUGUGGUUUUCAACAGCAGAGGCUGUGGAAAUAGUCCUGUGACCACUCCUCAGUUAUAUUCAGCUUCAUUUCUUGGCGAUAUUCAUGAAGUGGUAGUACAUGUUGGCAAUUGCUACCCAAAGGCCAACUUAUAUGCCGUGGGAUGGUCUCUUGGAGCAAAUAUACUUCAAUCUGAUUCUUGUCCUCUGUGUGGUGCCGUGUCCUUGUGCAACCCAUUCAACUUGCCUACUGCAGAUGAAGAUUUUCGUAAGGGCUUUAACAUUGUUUAUGACAAAGCACUAGCAAAAGCUCUCAGCAAUAUCUUCAAGAAGCAUGCUCUUUUGUUUGAAGAUAUUGGGUGCGAAUAUAACAUUCCAUUAGCAGCUAAUGCAAAAUCUGUCAGAGAAUUUGAUGAUGGCCUGACAAGAGUUUCAUUUGGGUUCAAGUCAGUGGAUGAAUAUUAUUCAAAGUCAAGUAGCUCAGAUUCGAUUAGAUAUGUCUGCACUCCUUUACUUUGCAUCCAGGCUGCGAAUGAUCCAAUUGCUCCAUCAAGAGGGAUACCACGUAAAGAUAUCGAGAGCGAGACGAUCACUGGACGAGAAAGAAUUGAACGAAGAUGGAAGGUCGUAUAACGCAGAUAGGAAGAAAACUGGAGGAGCGAAUGACUGAAAUCGAGCGGAAAUUUGACAGAUAUCAGAAGGAAUCAAAUGCGAAGUUUGAGGAAUUAAGAGCGAAGAUGAAGGCUGGCUUUGUGGAGAUUAAAAAACAGAAGAAAGAUCGAUCGAGAAAUAGAUCACAUUCCUCAUCUGCAUCGCACCGCACUUCUCACCAUCAUCAGUCGCGAGAGACAACGAGUUCUGAAGAAUCGGACAAGCAAGGGUUUAGCAGAAGACCGGGAGACCAAUCGAGGAGUAGUAGGCAUCAUCCGCUAUCGCAUAUGGAGUCGCAGACGAAAUCGCGAACUUCCUCUCAUAGUUCGAAAUCGCGAACUUCUUCUCAGAAUCCGUCACAUAACCCUUCGCGUCGCUCAUUGAGUACUGACAAGGUAAGAUCGUCACCACCGUUCCCAAGAUCGCAAGGGGAGUCUCGAACUGUUUCUUGUAACUUGCGGUCGCGAAAGGUUUCCAGCGGUUCGUAUCAAGUCGCACCUUUGAGUUCGCAGGCAGAUUCUUCCAGAACUAUGGUUUUUACACGAGCAGAAGACUCCAGUUCGCAAUUGCUAUCUAAGUCACCAGAGUCGCAGAGGGAGUUGGUUAACCAAGAGCAAACGUACAAGGAAGAUACAACCACCGAUAGCGAAGAGGAAAGCAAUGAGGAAUCUUCAAUUAAUCUGGGACUUGAAGCUGAGCCAAUUAUUCGUCCCCUCACUUGUCAUAACCCUUCCAGUUUGAAUAACGUUAGCAAAGAGUGGAACUCUUUUAGAGAAAAUGAACUUCCUUCAUCUGACAGGCAAGGAUGGAACCAAGGAAGUGUGGCUGAUGCACUUGGUGAAAGAACUGAUUUCGUAUUCUCAUCCGCAAGGUGUUGCUUGGUUUCUGUGCUGCUUCACACUAGCAAGGAUUAUGCAAAAUUGAAGAUAGUUUGGGUUUUUCGACUCUCUGUUUCAACAAAUCGAGUAAAAAUGGACUUUCCUUUGGAGGAACAUGCAGUGGCAAAGAUAAUUUGGUGGAAUAUUCUUAAGGGAGACAUCUGGCUAAAAGACUCUUCCAAAUGUUUGGCUAAGGAUGAGGGUGGUUGUCAGUCAUGCGACUCAUGCUGCCUAAAAGGCAAAAAAGAGAUUGCAGAAUUUCCCUCUGGCAGUUGUAUAUCCAUAGUAGGAACAGCAGCAGACGCUCUAAUUGCAUGGAGUGAAGCAACUGAAACUCAAGGACUUGAUUUAUGUGCUGAAGCAAGAGCUACUAGCAAAUGGAAGAUUGAGCAGAAGGUGAUGAAUGAAGAUCAGUACCAGCAGGAACAGAACCACCUGAAUAGUAUGGAUGCUUUGAAGAGAGAGGAUCUAGUGCUGUUUCUGCUAGAAGUGUGGAUGAAUAUUCACGCAUGGAAACUCCUUGACCAACCUACAGUCAUGUAUUGGGAAGGGAGAGGAGCAAGGAAGAAGAGGAAGAAGCAGAAGAUUGUGGCUUUCUCCUAUUACCCACCUUGAGGACAAGGUGGAUGUUUUGGGGGGAAGUAUUGAUAGGAACCCGGGCCUAAUAGACUAAUAAUAAUAAUAAUAAUAAGGGACCGGGCCUAUUAGAGUAUUAAUAAUAAUAAGUGUAUUAGUUAGUAUAAAUAGAAGAUAGCAGGGAGGAGUUGGGAGGCUUUUGGGACAUUUGUCUAGGAUUGGGAAGACUGAGAAUAAUAAUCUCUUUCUUUGGGAGCUUCGGCUUUUGGGGGGGCUUCAGCCAUCGUUUCUUGUUACUGUUCUUCAUCAAUAAAGCUUUUCUAUAUUGUUUCUUGAUAUUCUUUCCUGUAAUUGUUCUGAAUUCUUUGAGGUUCCUAUCAUUUUAUGUGGAACCAUUACUACAUUUUAGCAUUUACCUUUCUAUUUAAGUUGAUUGAGAUACCAUCUCAAGGGAUGUAUUUAAGUAUUCAAAAUCUUCCCAAAUGUCUUGCUUCUCUCCAAUCACUUUCUGUAAUUUCUGGAGUUCUCUUUGGCUUGCGAAGGGCAUUUUCAAUAAACCUCUGGGUUCGUACCACUUGUUCUUCCAUUGAGAGUUAAAAUUUUCAAACUUACUUGAGUUACUUCCACCACCCUAUAACACUAUCCACCACGACAGACAAAUCCCAUUACUCCCCUAGAACUCCAUGGCAAACACCAACUAAUUGAGAACCUUCACACUCAACUCAGUUACCAAAUUUUGGCUGUGCAACCGUGACACCAGUAGUCUCGUCCACUACUGCUAGUUGAAUGUCAACAUCUGAAGCUGUAUACUUUGCACCACUCAGCCACACCAUCACUCCAUGAAAUUAGAUCUGCCCAAAUUAGUAUCUAUCCUCAUCAGUUGCUAUUAAAGUUUCUAGAAGAUAUGGGUCAGGUUUUGGGUCAUUAUUCUUCUGUAUAAGGUAUGAAGUUGUAAGUUGUUACUCAACAACUUCGACUACCACUGAGCUCGGAAGAUCAGUGGUUGGGAUAGUCUGAGUUACUUCUAAUAGAAUGCCCUCGAAGGGUAUAGAUGGGCAAAGAAAAACAUAAUGGUACAAGGUUUGCUUGGGUUUUUGGAUAAGUGUUGGAAAGUUUCAGCUCACUUCAGUUGGCAGAGUAUCCAACUCUCCAAGCUGAUGCGGAAGGCUCUUUGAUGGAAUUUCAAGCCCGGUUUUAGAAACUGAUGGUAUCUAGUACUUCUUGCUCUUAUUUUUCAUAGGAAUCAAACCCAUUUCUUAGCCAAGGCUUUCGAGGCCAGAUUUUAAGAUAUCAUUCUGGACACCUGUGCUUUGUACAAGGGUGGAACCGUGGAACUGACACCUCCUGGUUUUCAAUUGCCAUGCAAUCAGACUCAUCUGAAGCCAGAGACUGCUCCAAAUGCCCCCUUGCACAAGUGCUAUUUCCUAGAUGCCCUUGCAACCAGUGAGAGCCGCAGAAGUACAGGAAUGGAGGUCAAUAUAAGACUCCAUUUUUCUCUAUACAGGGGAUCUCCCUAGGUUAUCACUGUAGAAUAAAACUCAAGUUGCUUAUUGGGAUAGACAAAGGUGAUGGGGAAACUAAAGAAUCCGGCAUAGCCAAUUAAGAUUUCAAUGAAGUGAAAGAAAUCGCAGGCGACAUCUCUCACACUAGAAGGUGGUGGCUGCCACCACCCUCUGUAGAUAUGGGCCAAGAUCAGCACUAUACAUAGUUUAUUGACCCCGAAAUGAAGGAAAUAUGAUCUAAAAAAUGAGGGUAGAUAAUGCCAAUUCCCUUCAUCUCGUUUAAAUAAUUAAAUUUUGCGCUACUUUUUCGUUCACUGUUCAGUUAAAUUUGAAUGAUCAGGUAAAAUUAAUUGCCACUAAAUGGGCACCCAAUGUUAUGAUUUGUGUUUCCCCAGGAAAAUCCAAAUUGUUUGCUGAUAGUGACACCUCAAGGUGGGCAUCUUGGAUGGGUGGCUGGUUCGGAGGCCCCAAAUGGAGCUCCAUGGACGGAUCCCAUUGUGAUGGACUUCCUACACCAUCUUGAGCAAACUAAAUCUGCUACUCCUUUGGAAUCCUUGACCGACAGUAUUGCAAUAGAGGGUGCCAAUAUUUUAGUAGACGUUUAGAAACGUACUUGAAUCUUAUGAUGAUUGAAGAUAAAGGCCCCUUUUUAGCAAAUCAUUACAUUAAUGUAUUUAAAAACGCCUUCCUAAAAUGGCAGAAGUUAAAGAAGUUUUUUUUAAUAGCAUAA